UGACAAGCUCAAGGCCGACCCUGACAGGCCCUUUUUUUCCUCAUGGUGGGUCUUAAAACAGACCCUACCUAGAGAUUAUUUUGUUAUUUAAUUUGUUAUAAAUAAAACAGGGAAAAUGUCGCGUCGAAAAGGCGAAAUCGAAGAAACAGACAAACUCACCCGUAUAGCAAUUGUAAACGCAGACAAGUGCAAACCCAAAAGAUGCAGGCAAGAGUGCAAAAAAUCCUGCCCCGUAGUCCGAAUGGGGAAACUGUGCAUCGAAGUGGCUCCUACUAGUAAAAUAGCCGCAAUUUCCGAAGAACUUUGCAUUGGUUGCGGUAUUUGUGUCAAGAAAUGUCCAUUUGAAGCGAUCACCAUUAUCAAUUUGCCAAGUAACUUGCAACGUGAAACCACUCACCGAUAUGGCAAAAACUCCUUCAAACUCCACAGGUUACCAAUACCAAGGCCAGGUGAAGUCCUAGGUCUUGUGGGUACCAACGGUAUAGGCAAAUCAACUGCAUUGAAAAUCCUUGCCGGCAAACAAAAGCCCAAUUUAGGACGAUACUUAGACCCCCCAGAUUGGACCGAAAUCCUGAGCCACUUUAGAGGCAGCGAAUUGCAAAACUACUUCACCAAAAUCCUAGAAGAUGAUCUGAAGGCUUUAAUCAAGCCUCAAUAUGUAGAUCAAAUUCCCAAGGCUGUUAAAGGCACAGUGGGUCAAUUGCUAGACAAGAAAGACGAGCUAAAAAAUCAAGAUGAGAUUUGCAGGAUGCUUGAUUUGAGUCAUAUAAAGGAAAGAGAAAUUGGAGCAUUGUCUGGUGGGGAGUUGCAGCGUUUCGCUUGUGCGAUGGUUUGCAUUCAAGACGGCGAUAUUUUCAUGUUUGAUGAGCCUUCUUCUUAUUUAGACGUAAAACAACGUUUAAAUGCUGCCAAAACUAUAAGGUCUUUGAUCCACCCUGAUAAAUUCAUUAUUGUUGUCGAGCACGAUUUAAGUGUUUUGGAUUAUUUGUCUGACUUUAUUUGCUGUCUUUAUGGGGUUCCUGGUGCCUAUGGUGUAGUUACUAUGCCUUUUUCUGUAAGAGAGGGAAUAAAUAUUUUCUUAGAUGGCUUUGUUCCAACUGAAAAUUUGCGUUUCCGAGACGAGUCUUUGGUUUUCAAAGUAGCUGAAUCUGCUACUGAAGAAGAAGUCAAGCGUAUGAAUCAUUACGAGUAUCCUUCCAUGAGUAAAACAAUGGGAAAUUUCAAGUUGAGGGUUAAAAAAGGUCAAUUUUCUGAUUCUGAAAUUUUGGUUUUGCUUGGAGAGAAUGGUACAGGCAAGACUACUUUUAUUCGGAUGUUGGCUGGUAAUUUGGAACCAGAUGAAGGCUCAGGCACUCUACCACAAUUGCACAUCAGUUACAAGCCUCAGAAAAUCAGCCCUAAAUCUCAAGGGCUUGUCAGGCAGUUGUUGCAUGAAAAAAUCAGGGAUGCUUAUAUUCAUCCUCAGUUUAUUGCUGAUGUAAUGAAGCCUUUGAAAAUUGAUGAUAUUAUUGAUCAGGAGGUGCAAAAUUUGUCUGGAGGUGAACUGCAAAGAGUUGCAAUGACUUUGUGCUUGGGUAAACCUGCUGAUGUUUAUCUCGUAGAUGAGCCUAGUGCGUAUUUGGACUCAGAACAGCGUUUGGUUGCAGCAAAAGUAAUCAAAAGGUUUAUUCUUCAUGCAAAAAAGACAGGAUUUGUAGUUGAGCACGACUUCAUUAUGGCAACUUAUCUUGCCGACAGAGUGAUAGUUUUCGAGGGUAAACCGUCUGUUGACACGACUGCCAACACACCUCAAACUCUUCUAGCAGGCAUGAACAGGUUUUUGCAACUGUUGGGAAUCACUUUCAGAAGGGACCCGAACAAUUUCAGGCCCAGGAUCAACAAGCAAGAGUCUGUCAAGGAUUGCGAGCAGAAACGCGCCGGGCAGUAUUUCUUUUUGGAAGAUUAAUGAAUUUUUUUUUAUGGUUAUUUUAUGGUGAAAAAUGUAAUCCUUAUUCAAUAUUGGCUGCAAAUAAAUGAUAAUUGAUGAGA